GUGAGCGCGCAUAGGAGAGCACAACCACUGGAAUCAAGGAGAAUAUGUGAAGGCAGCGCAUGAACGAGAGAGAGAGAGAGACAGACAGGGAGAAAAUUAGAGACAGAAUGAGUGAGACAGAACGGCAAUAGAGGGUUGGCAGGUGGACCAAUGAAAGAGCUGGAGAGGAGAAGAUGCUUCAGCUUUGUCAGUGUCUCCAGCAUCAUGAGGACGAUACAGUACAACCUGCACAAACAGACUGACAUAUCAGCAGCGUCCUCCUGAUUCAAAUCAAGCAGCGAACCAACAGAACUCUACUCAUCUGGAUCACACCAGGUCUUAAUGACACCCGGAGCACGAAGUAUCAGCGAGACGAAGCAAACUGUGAUAGACCUCCUAAAAGCCUCUUUUUUAUGAUGGUGCGAUGGAACAGCUUCAACUCUAGAUGAACUAAUCUUGAUUCAACAAUAUGCUGUGGAUCAAUUCUCCACUGGGAGGUUGUUCUUGAGGCAAGAGCACAUGGAGAGUAACAUCGUAAUACUUUGAUUCACAGACUCAAUUUCUUUUUAAUGAGCUGGAAUGCCUUUCCCCUGCCAAGAAUGAGAAGUUGAAUGAUGCUCAGUGAGCCAUGCCCUUCAACACCUGCACACUCUCAUAGACGAGCACAGGUUUGCUUAGGAAUCGGAGAGGAAAGCUCAUACUUAGAAUUCUACAGAUGCAACAAUUUAGCCUUCAGAUUUCAAUUUUUUUGCUUAUUACUUCAGAUAUUUUGAGUUCUGAAGCCAAGUCCCUUAGGAGCUGGAGAUGAGACUGCUGGGUCAACCUGACUAUUGGUUUGGCAUAAAAAAUUUCAAGGACACUUGAAGGUUGAAGAAAAAAAAACUUGGAGAUAUUCCGUUUCUUUUAUUGUGACAAAUUAAGAGGCCCAAUUUGGGUGCAAAACAUAUCAAAUACAAUACCAUACAAUUUAAAAUGGCUGAACUUGCUGGAUACAAUGGCAGCGAGAGCUUCAUGUUCUCAACCGGUCUGCCUUUCAACUCUACUGGUGACUAUGACUAUUAUGAACCUGAACCUGAUGCUAGCAAGAUCAUCAUCCCCUCCAUCUAUGCACUAGUGUGCUGUGUCGGAGUCACAGGAAACGCCAUGGUCAUCUACGUCAUUCUCAAGUAUGCCAAGAUGAAGACGGCCACCAACAUCUACAUUCUCAAUCUUGCCAUUGCGGAUGAACUCUUCAUGUUGAGCGUCCCGUUCCUGGCGACCUCGGCCGCGGUGCAUCACUGGCCGUUUGGCUCGCUUAUGUGUCGUUUGGUUCUCAGCGUGGACGGCAUCAACAUGUUCACGAGCAUUUUCUGCCUGACCGUGCUGAGUGUGGACCGCUACAUCGCCGUGGUGCACCCUAUCAAAGCGGCUCGCUACCGUCGCCCGACUGUCGCAAAAGUGGUCAACGUUUGCGUGUGGGGACUUUCACUGCUUGUUAUUCUGCCCAUCAUCAUUUUUGCGGACACGGUUCCGGCACAGGAUGGUGGAGUGGACUGCAACUUUCUAUGGCCGGAGGCCUCGUGGUCAGAAGCAUUUGUGGUCUACACAUUUCUACUGGGUUUUUUGCUCCCAGUGGCAGCCAUCUGCAUGUGCUACUGCUUGAUUGUGGUGCGCAUGCGGGCUGUGGGCCUCAAAGCGGGCUGGCUGCAGCGACGGCGCUCUGAAAAGAAGAUCACACGCAUGGUGUUGCUGGUGGUCGCCGUUUUCGUGCUCUGCUGGAUGCCGUUUUAUAUUGUGCAGCUGAUCAGUGUGUUCCGCAAACCGCCGGACCCCAUGGUGACUCAGCUAUUUGUCAUUCUGAGCUACGCUAACAGUGGCGCCAACCCCAUUCUCUAUGGAUUUGUGUCUGACAACUUCCGCCGCUCGUUCCAGCGUAUCAUCUGCUUCCGCUGGCUGGAGAAUGGGCUGGAUGCUGAGCAGGUGGACUAUUGUGCUGUGGCCCUACGGCGUCAGACCACAUGUGGUCCACAGGACUUUCCAAAAGAGUGCUUAGCCUCGGACAUGGUGUUUCGUAAUGGAACCUGCACGUCUCGUACAACCACUCUGUGAGAUGCUAUUCAGUGAGUGUGCUAGAGUUUCAAGGGAUAGAAACCAAAAAAGAAAAUUCUGUCAUCAUUUACUUACCUUCACGUCGAUUCAAACCUGUAUGACUUUCUUUCUUUUGUGGAACAGAAAAGAUGAUGUUUUGAAGAAUCUUUUUGGUUACCAUUGACUUCCAUUGCCUGGACAAAAAACAAACUUAUUUUAUGUUCCACAGAAGAAAGUAAGUCAUGUUUAAAAUGACAUGAGGGUGAGAAAAUUUUCAUUUUUGGGUGAACUAACCCAUUAUUACUUCAUUCAUUGAGACAUGGAGUGCAGUACCAAUUGGCAAAUGAAUGUUACACUGGCUGAGAGCUAAUACCAUUAUUUAAAGGGAUAGUUCACCCAAAAAAAGAAAAUUAUCCCAUAAUUUACUCACCCUCAAGCCACUCUAGUGUAUAUGGCUUUCUUCUUUUAGCCGUUAUAGCAGUUAUAAUAAAUAACAUCCCGGCUCUUCCCAGCAUUGUAAUGGCAUUGAAUAGUGCCCGAGUUUUUGAAGCUCCAAAAAGUGCAUCCAUCCAUCAUAAAAGUAAUCUUAACUCCAGUGGAUUAAUAAACACCUUCUGAAGUGAAGCGAUGGGUUUUUGUAAGAAAAAUAUGCAUAUUUAAAAUUGUAUAAACUAUAAUUUCAAGUUUCUGUCAACGUCCACACAAGCGUUCACGAGAGAGUUGAGUUCUGGGGAAAGGUGACCUCUGACCCGACGUAUGAAAACUCAAGCUCCUCUUCUCUUAUACCGAAAUCCUCCGACAUUUUUCUUUAAAACUUUUUGUUUUAGACUUCUAACUCGUGACCGGCAUUUUGUUUUGCUGUAACCUCUGCGCUUAUCAAUUCUCACCUAAGCAUGCGCUACGCAUACGUCGGAUCAGAGGGCGCUCUUCCAGCCAGAACUUGACUCUCUCAUGAUCGCACAUACAGCCAUUGCCAGAAGCCAGCGAUUAUAGUUUAUUAAGUUUUAAAUAUGGAUAUUUUUCAUAAAAAAACAUCACUUUGCUUCAGAAGGCAUUCAGAACCCACUGGAGUCUUAUGGAUUACUUUUAUGAUGGAUGGAUAUGCUUUUUGGAGCUUCAAAAACUAUUCAAUGCCAUUACAAAGCUGGGAAGAGCCAGGAUAUUAUUAAUAUAACUCAGAUUGUGUUUGGCUGAAAGAAGAAAAUCAUAUAUACCUAAGAUGGCUUGAGAGUGAGAAAAUUAUGGGAUAAUUUUCAUUUUUGGGUGAACUAUCCCUUUAAGGGAUAUAAACACAAAGAGAGGCUAUUCUGAGCAACUGUAAGCACAAUUACAAGGUCAGAUUAAUACAAGAAUAAUAAUUGCAUUUACAUGAAGUUAAAAUUGCUACUUUAUCCCAAUAUUUCCUGGCUGGAAUACAUUACACAACUUGUAAAACACUAGGCAUCAGGCUUUUUGUAAAUGGUAAAACAACUUUGUAAAUGGUUACAGAUUAAAUCUAGGUAUCAUACACUAAACAAUUGAGGAUCAGAUACCAGACUUUCAAAUCAUUCUGAACACAACAAACUCAUUGAGAGGAGAUACAUGACAAAUGUCUCAAUGUCUGAAAUCCUCCAACUGUAGUCUCAAGCCAAAAAAAAACAAAAAAAAAACAGAGAAUGUUACCAUCAUACACUACACAAUUUUCUGUGAAAUUGAUCAAUUGCCCAAUAUCCACAGACUUGUUCUGGCUUUCAGCAACUAGAGUUGACUUGUCCAGACUAUUAAUCGGGGCAAAAAUCUGUACAAAAAUUUGUGUAGUGUAUUCCAGCCUUUAUAAUAAUCAUAAGAAUAAUAAGAGAAAGUCACAGAAAAUGGUAAUUUAUGCAUUGUUCAUACAUUUAUUGUCUUACCAAUUUUUGAUAUCUGAAUAUGUAUCUAAAGAGAGGAGACAGUCCAGUGCAUUUGUACAGUAAACCCAAACGUUUGUUGAAUCUUUAAAUAUCUCUCAUUUCUAAUUGAUGUGUAGACAUUAUUUUAAUAUGAUCUUAAGGGAAUAGUUAACAACAACAUGAUAUGGCAAUUAGGGUUCAUAAUUUACUCAUUAUAAAAGUGAGGUCACAUUUAUCGUUGCUCUGCAAGAUUUCACAUUCAAAAUCCACUCACGUUUCCCCAUGUAGACUGUGCAUCGGAUUAAAGCUGUUCACACAAAUUUGCUGUGUUGACCAUCAGAAAGCUGCUUGGUUUGAAAGGGACCUCUGUGUGAGCGGUGAUUCUAUUGACUUUUUUGCCUGAGAAAUUUUGCAGAAAUACUGCUAAUGUGACACAGGUACAGGGUCACCAAAAUGGAGAGCAAAGUCAGAAUGUCAGAAUGCUUGCCUUAAAAAUACUACUGAAUUUCCAUAAAAAUCUCUAUUUAUGUGAUGAAGAUUGCCCCGAAAAUCUUAUAAUGAACAACCAUUAUCCCCCAUACUGUUAAAUUUGUGAUCUUUAUGUAAUAAUGUUAAUUGUGGAUUCAUUGUAGAUCAAUGUUAUAUGAAACAUAUGUUAUACAAUUACUUUGUGGAUUCUAAUUAAGUGUACUUUUGAAUGCAUACAUAAACGCACAAUAUCACCAACAAAAUAAUCCAUUAGUUCUUGCUUAAAUAGAUUUCUUUAUGUUUGUGAGGCAAAUGCCCAAAUUUUAUUCAGUUCACCUUGCUUUAAAUUGUGUUGUGGGUCCAAAUUGUUGAUAUUUUUAAGUAUAUAAAAUAAAAAAAAGACAAUAAAGGUUGA